CAUAUUUUGUGUAACGUUGCACUACAUUCAAGUAUGCGUGCGAGUGUAUACAGUUUUCAAAGUUUACAACUGUCAAUAGGCCAAUUUAUCAGUGUAGUCCAUCGUGUUUCAGGAAACAUAAACAGGAUGUUGAGCUUUAAGUUUUGAAUUGAAUGACAAGUUAAGUUGUACAUUUGAAGUGAGUUGUAACGGAAGUAUUAUUUGUAAAGUAUUUGUAAUGGUCAUAGGCGGAAUUCAACGCGCUUUAAGUGUUAUUGAAAUAAAAUAUACCUUAUAUAUUAACUAUGGUACUUUCCUCUGUGGAAUGUAAUAUAAACGACACCUCACUGAGUCAUUGUAUCAGUUGUCUUGAAAUAUAUUUUACGACUACUACGUGAACUAAAAUCAAUUCGAAGUUGGAGAGAGAGAUAGAGAGAAACGACCCCCACAAAGUUGGAAGUAACCGAUCUAUAUAGGAAGUGCUGAUUAUAGUUAAAGCGACAUGGACGAGAGCCCGUUACAAGCUAGCGAUGGGCGGCGGUUUAAAGAGAUAUUGCCGAAUAAUUCGCCAUGCGAGAAAGAGACUGGUCCACUGAUUAAGUACCAGCUGAUUGCGAUGAUCAUUUCGGGCGCGAUCAUUGCUAUACUCUGUAUUCUUGAGAAGCGCUCCGAACACACGAGAUGCAAGGCAUUAUGGCGCCGACCAGCAGUCAUCUAUCCAAUAAACAUGCUGGACCAUUGUUCGGACAAUUUCGGAUACAUGAUGUCAUUUGGAAGUAUCGCUGGAUAUUGUUACGUGCUCUUCAACAUCAGAGGACUAUUAAGCGCUGGUCCAGCUUGGUAUCAAACCUUGCUGAUAAUGCUGUACGUACUGGUCAUCGGGUUUAUGUUUUACCCACUGUUCGCCUGUCUAACAACCAGCUGGGUGUUUGUGGGCUCCAUAUUGGGCCUGGGGUAUUGCACAUUCUGGUUAUACGUUCACUUUAUGCUUGUCAUAAACUGUCCAAACGGAGGAGAAAACGGUUUAACGGGCCAAGAAAUUGCGAAGCAACUUCCGGUGCUCGUGUGUACAAUCGGUCUUGCAUUCCGGUACCUGUACGUCCUGAUACGGAACAGCAUCCGGGCAAUUAAAGCUCGAUCAGCGGGACCAUUUAUCGAACGCGUUGAACGUCGAAAGUACGGCACUCCAUAUAACAUCCAGUACGUUAAAAACCUGUUGGCGGGCAAGAAGUCAUAUCAGAACAUGUCAUACGCCGCCUUGGACGGCGAACCAAACUGGAAAACAAAGAUUCGUGCACUUUUGCGCCAGUAUAUCUACGUAAAUGACCCGACAUUCAAAUAUUCGCCGAGGAUCAUUGGCAUUUUCACAGUAGCCUUGAUAUGUUCAUACCAGUUCGGUAUUAUAAUCGUACUGGGAUCCUACCAGCUUGAGAAGUUGGUGAAGAUCCUGUACCCAAACACGACGGCCGAAGGCAACAGUACCGUCGACGACAGCGGUUAUUCGUUCCUCAGACUUAUGGUCAAUACGGUCAACGUGUCGGCCUUGUUAUCUUUUAUACUGUCGUCCCUGUUGACCCUGUUUUCAAUCUUUCAAAUUCUCACCAACUACCGCCACAAUAUCAAGCUGAUGUUUAAAGGCAUAUUCAACCAUUUGCCCUUUGACCGCGACGACAGAAACGCUGUGUUUGUGUUGUCUGACAGCAUGGCCUAUGCAGGUUCACAAAUAGCGUAUAUACUAUGGGGAUACAUCAUUGUGUGGGCUGUUCUUCUUUUGACGUUCUUUGCACUCGCCUACCUUAUCGUGCUGCCUGUGUUCGGACUAAUCUCUCGAGAUGUCCUGAAGUACAUGUGGAACCUUCUAUCAGGAGUUCUUAUUUUCUACGCCUUUACGUUGCUACAAAAGUUAUUCUGUCGUGGACUUCUUCAGACCCGGAUAUCGGUCGAUUCGCAAGGAAAACAAGACACGUCCGUUAUUUUGGCUUUGGACAACAGGAAGAUAUUCCACAAUGUCACUUAUUUCACGUUCUUCUUCUACAUCGUGCUCGGCCUGUUCGGCUGUCUUCUCACCAUUAUUAAGGGCAUGAUCCUGGGCAUCAUGUACCUCUCCAGGCUGGACAAGUGUGGUCUCGUAAAUGGCUUCGAAACAUGGGAUAAAGGUUAUAUGAACUACGUUAGUUUCCUCCACUUCGAAGAGUGCCAUCGACACCCGGUCUUGUUGGUAUUUUGUGACAUUCUGAUUGAUGGUAUGCCACACGACCGGAACCAGGCUCGCCUAAACACAUACGGAACCGUUGAUGACGUUUCAACAGACGUCACUUAUUCCAGCUCUUGGACUGCAUUAGGAAGGCCGAGACGUCGUUGGUUGAAAGCGUACACUAUGGUGAGGAAUUCAUCUGUGAGAGCAAAACAGAUUGAAGCAGACUAUGACACGCUAGAGGACAUUGACAUCACUGAUCUUUCUGACCAGGCUAUCAUUGACGUAUCUAAUAAUGACCUGCCAAACACUGGCGUUGCUCAUCAUGAUCAAACGGUCAUGCACAUGGAUCAUAACGAUAAAUCAGUGCUAGUUUAGUUGAUGAUGUUUUGUGGGGAGGGAGGUCAUUGUUUUGUAAAACGAUAAACUGUUAAGUACCAGUGCAUACAGUUAUUUUUUAGUUGCUUAAUUGUAUAUGUUUAUAUAUUCUUAAUGUAUAUAAAUUUUAUAUUUAUACAUUAAACUCCUAACAAUAAAAUGAA